AUGAGUCUCAAGAGCGACAAGAUCCCCUCGUCGGCCGCGUUCGACGCCAUCGCCGCCGCCCUCUCCGACGACGCCGACCGCAAGGACGCGGUGAAGAAGGGCGGCGCCGUCUUCGCCUUCACCAUCAAGAACCAGGGCGGCGAGACGGAGAGCUGGUACAUCGACCUCAAGAAGACGGGCACCGUCGGCAAGGGCGCCGCGCCCGAGGGCGGCAAAUCUGAUGUCACCCUGCUGCUCUCCGACAGCGACUUCGCAAACCUGGUCUCGGGCAAGGCCAACGCGCAGAAGCUAUUCAUGUCGGGCAAGUUGAAGAUCAAGGGCGAUGUUAUGAAGGCCACCAAGAUUGAGCCUGUGAUGAAGAAGGCCCAGACCAAGUCCAAGCUAUGA